AUGUGUCUUGAUGUCUUUGCAGUAGAUGGGGAGUCCUCUGAGCGUAACUGCAGUUAUCAGGAUCUUUUAAACCACCUGAACUUGACCAAAAACAAAGAACUGUUCUCAAUGAUCCGGCCUGUUAAACACUAUAAGACGCCCACGAUGGUAACCUUGGAUGUACUUCUCUAUGCCAUUCUAGAUGUGAACGAGAAGGACCAGCAACUGGUUCCUUACAUUUGGCUUGAUAUGUGGUGGAAUAAUGAAUUCAUUUCCUGGGAGCCACAGGAAUUCUGUGGCAUUGAAAAGGUUUCUCUUCCUGCUGACUUGUUUUGGAAACCAGAUAUAACUAUUGAAGAGAUGACAGAGAAAGAUAAAGCUCCACCGAGUCCUUAUCUCGUUGUUACAAACAAUGGUACUAUUGAAAUGACGAAUGACCAGGUGAUCAUCAGCACCUGCAGGAUGCACGUUUACAAAUUCCCCUUCGACAUCCAGAGCUGCAACCUCUCCUUCAAGUCUGUCGUACACUCUGAUGAGGAAAUACUGCUUGAACAACAUCAAAACAGUUCAAAGAUCACAGAGUCUACUAAAAAGUUGAUGCGGACCCAGUACGAGUGGCUGUUCAUGAACAUGAAAGUCGAUAAAAAGAUUGACAACAAUUUUAACUUCUCCCAGAGCACGGUUAUUUACACUGUAAGUAUUUCUGACACAUAG